AUGAGCGAAUACGACGAUUGGGGAUUAGAACUCUUAAGAAAAGAAUGUGCUGGCCGUGAAAUUGUAAUUAAUACAAAAGAUGGCGUUAAAACACUUGCUGCAGGGUUAAGAACAAGUGAUAAAGCUGUAGAAAAAGUACAAACAAAAGACGAGACUGUAGAAUUGGAAACUGACAGAGGGGUGUUUGAGCCUUCAAAAACACGAACAACCAAAACUGUAGAAGACCCGGGUAAUUUUAGUAGUGACCAUGACUAUGGCAAUAAGGGCAAAAUUCCCUCGGGUCCCACAAGUUAUGAACGUACUCGUGAGCCCCUGGGGUCCUUAAGCUUUGACGAACGAUUGCGUCUUUGCAAUUUGAAAGAGAUAUGGCAGUAG